AAGUCUAGGAAGACGUGCUCAGACAUUAGGAUAUAUUUUUCUGCAGCUUCUAACAAAGGGUGUGUGUGUGUGUGUGUGUGGUCUUAAACGUCCAGAGAGAUGGCUGACAACAGAGAUAAAGCUACCGAUCAAAUGAAGGCAUGGAAGGAGAGCAGGGCGCUGCAGAGGCCAGACACACUGACCACAGGGGCCGGCCAUCCCGUUGGAGAUAAGCUGAACCUGCAGACUGCCGGACUGAGGGGCCCCCUGCUUGUCCAAGAUGUGGUCUUCACAGAUGAGAUGGCCCACUUUGACCGGGAACGCAUCCCAGAGAGGGUGGUGCAUGCCAAAGGGGGAGGGGCUUUUGGCUACUUUGAGGUGACUCAUGACAUCACCCGCUACUGCAAGGCAAAGGUGUUUGAACAUGUCGGCAAGACUACACCUAUUGCUAUCCGCUUCUCCACUGUGGCUGGUGAAUCAGGAUCAGCAGACACGGUGCGAGACCCCCGAGGCUUUGCAGUCAAGUUUUACUCUGAGGAGGGCAACUGGGACCUGACGGGCAACAACACCCCCAUUUUCUUCAUCAGGGACGCCAUGCUGUUCCCGUCCUUCAUCCACUCCCAGAAGCGCAAUCCCCAAACCCACAUGAAAGACCCCGACAUGGUGUGGGACUUCUGGAGCCUGAGGCCUGAGAGUCUGCAUCAGGUGUCUUUCCUGUUCAGCGAUCGUGGUUUGCCCGAUGGGUUCCGUCACAUGAACGGCUACGGCUCUCACACCUUCAAACUGGUCAAUAAUGAUGGCGAGCGUUUUUAUUGCAAGUUCCACUUCAAGACUGAUCAAGGAAUAAAGAAUCUCACUGUAGAGGAGGCAGAGCGCCUGGCAUCCACCAACCCAGAUUAUGCCAUUGGAGACCUGUUCAACGCCAUUGCCAAUGGCAACCACCCAUCCUGGACCUUCUUCAUCCAGGUCAUGACCUUUGAGCAGGCUGAGAAGUGGCAGUUCAACCCCUUCGAUCUUACCAAGGUUUGGUCACACAAGGAAUUCCCUUUGAUCCCUGUGGGAAAAAUGGUCCUCAACAGGAACCCAGUCAACUACUUUGCAGAGGUGGAGCAGCUGGCCUUUGACCCCAGCAACAUGCCACCAGGCAUCGAGGCGAGCCCCGACAAGAUGCUGCAGGGUCGUCUCUUCUCCUACCCAGACACACAUCGACACCGUCUUGGAGCCAACUACCUGCAGAUCCCCGUGAACUGCCCCUUCAGGACCCGUGUGACCAACUACCAGCGUGAUGGACCGAUGUGCAUGUUUGACAACCAAGGUGGAGCUCCAAACUACUAUCCCAACAGCUUCAGUGCCCCAGAGCAGCAGCCUCAGUUUGUGGAGUCCAAGUUCAAGGUGUCUCCAGAUGUGGCGCGUUACAACAGUGCAGAUGAUGAUAAUUUCACACAGGUUCGCACCUUCUACACGCAGGUCCUCAACGAAGAGGAGCGCCAGAGACUUUGCCAGAACAUGGCAGGGGCCCUGAAGGGAGCCCAGCUCUUCAUCCAAAAACGCAUGCUUGAGAACUUGAAGGCUGUCCAUCCCGACUAUGGAAACCAGGUUCAGACCCUUCUCAACAAGUACAAUGCGGAGGCCAAGAAGAACACAGCUGUGCAUGUGUACAGCCGUCCAGGAGUCUCAGCUAUGGCUGCAUCCUCCAAGAUGUGAUGACUUAAAUGUCCACCAGGGGCGCCACUUCCAUUUAUCUUAUAGCAAAUGCACUAGACUGAAAUACUAGCCUUGUAGUGUCAGGGUGUGGGUUUGUUCAUUUUUUUAUUCAGCCAAUCCAAACAAUUGAUUUUCUUUCAAAUUCUCAAAGCUAGCAAUACUAUGGAGGCUUUUAAUCUCGAAUUAAACCAUGUGAGGUUAAUUUGUCUUGAUUGAAUUACCGGGUUUUGUUUUUGCAAUUUCAAAGAUCAUGGCCACUCGUUUUUUUUAGCGCUCUACUUUUAGCACAUAAAGGCCUUGAAACUAACAAAUCAUUUUUAUUUUAUUUGCAGUUUUGUUUGGUUGCAUUAAAUCAAUUAACCCCUGCUGUUGGGUUCUAUAAGUGAUAAUUGUUUGCAAUAAUGCCUCAGGUUUUGCGUGUACUACUAUGUUAUGAUGAUACAACUCUUUUCUUUAGCUUAAGUUUCAAGAAAACAAAUCCAGCUAUUCAAAAUGUCUUCUGUCAACAUCAAUCUUCAGUCUUGGUUCAAAUUUGUAAAAUUCCUUGAUUUGUUACGCAGGAGUUGCUAAUUUCUCUGCUAAUAGCAGUGCAUUUUUCACUCUCGGCAAUGAUCAGUUUUGGCUAGUUUUCAGGUAACAAUUAUGAAAAGCUAUGUUUCAUUUGAAUGAGUCUAGAAAUUGCAUUAGGAAACCCUUGUCAGUCUUACUAUUAGCUGUUUCCCUUUGGGCAUCUGCAUAUCUUGUGAGAUAUGCAUUUAUGAAGAGCAAGUUUUAAGAUGAGGAAUUAUUUCCAUUUCAGCUAAAACAAUAGUGCCUUUUUUGUGGACUAAAACUACCAAAUACUUUUAAUUUUGACCUUAAACUAGAAGAAUCAGUUAUGAAUUGCUUUUUAAGAUGUAAAUCUACAUUGACCAAUAUGUUAUAUGUUAGUGGGGCGGCUGUGGCACAUGAGGUAGAGCGCUUGACCCGCUUGACCUCUACAGGCAACAUGCCGAGGUGUCCUAGAGCGAGACACCUAACCCCCGGGCGCCUCAUUGCAGCCCACUGCUCCUCCGGGAUGGGUCAAAUGCAGAGAACCGAAUUUCCCCAUUGUGGGACUAAUAAAGGCUUAAUUAUUAUUAUUAUUAUUAUUAUUAAUUAUGUUCUGAUGUAAAAUGCCUAAAGAAUCUCACCUGUUGUGGUUUAACGUCAUAUUACGAAAUCUGACAUAGUUUGUAGAGGAGCCUUAUCAUUGCAAACCCAGUUUCAGAUUUAAGAUAUCAUGUUGGUCACUUUCAGACUACAGAGAUCCACAACAGGAUGCAAACAAUCAAAGGUGUCACUGUCCAAUAUGAAUUGUCCAUGUAACAGUCAAGUGAUCUUCAUCUGAAUGUAACACGUUUUUUUAUUUGCCUUUUUCAAAUGAGAUGUGUGUUUUUGCCUGUAUUAAUUAACUUGUAAUCAAAACUUAUCAGCAGCUUU